CAGUUUUCGUCUUUGCUAAUUAAAGUUAUUUCUUUUGGUGUUUUAUAAAUUCCCGCAUAUUUAUGCUUAUUGUGCUGCAUUUGAAAUAGCCACAUAAUUGUGCUGGUAUCACCUUUGCUUGAAUGAAAAUAUAAACAAAUACAGAAGCGUUACACACAUACACAAAGAAGCACACAGCAAUAUUAACCCCCCCGACAGGCCCGUGCUCGUUGUUGCCGCCCUACAUUCCUGUUCCCUAGCUGAAACCAAAAUACAGAAAAAUUAAAACGGUCCCAAUAUGACUGCAGCACCCUAUAACUACAACUAUAUUUUUAAGUACAUCAUAAUUGGUGACAUGGGCGUAGGCAAAUCCUGUCUGCUGCAUCAGUUUACCGAGAAGAAAUUUAUGGCCAACUGUCCGCACACAAUUGGCGUGGAGUUUGGAACACGGAUCAUUGAGGUUGAUGACAAGAAAAUCAAACUACAAAUUUGGGAUACGGCCGGUCAGGAGCGCUUUCGUGCUGUGACCCGUUCGUAUUAUCGGGGUGCUGCUGGUGCUUUAAUGGUUUACGACAUAACCAGGCGCUCCACAUAUAAUCAUUUGAGCAGCUGGCUCACCGAUACGCGCAAUCUCACAAAUCCCAGCACUGUGAUCUUUCUCAUUGGCAAUAAAUCCGAUUUGGAGAGCACACGCGAGGUAACAUACGAAGAGGCUAAGGAAUUCGCCGAUGAGAAUGGUCUCAUGUUUUUGGAAGCCAGCGCCAUGACUGGUCAAAAUGUGGAGGAGGCAUUUCUUGAAACGGCACGCAAGAUCUAUCAAAAUAUACAGGAGGGUCGCCUAGAUUUAAAUGCAUCCGAGUCGGGUGUGCAGCAUCGACCCUCGCAGCCGUCACGUCCAUCUCUCAGCAGCGAGGCAACGCAUGCUAAGGAUCAGUGCUCGUGUUAAAUGUAUUAACUUUAUAUACACACAUAGUUAUAAACAAUCGAAAUUUAAUUUUUAGUGCAACUCAUAAUCAUAUUGAUUUCUUAUCUAUCUAAAACCAACACGUAAACAAAUAUGCAAUGAGAAUGAAAACAAAAAAUACAAUUGUAUGUAGGUAAAUGAUUGGAUUAAGUCGUGAAAAAGUGUGAACAAACAACCAAAAUAUAUAAACGUCCCCGACAUU